UGGCGACUGAAACAGCAAAUAAUGUAGCCGAGAGAAUUAAAAUGGCAACCUUUUAAUCGUUGCCACUAUAUAGAACAGUCCUUCACUUCCUUUUAAUCUUAGGCGAAAAUUCUACAAAAAUCCGUGGCGAAAUUCGAACAAAUGAAAAAUUGAAAAUUUCCCCUUACACGUUGAGAAAUUUAUCUGUACCUGCUGGUUUGCUUUCAUAAGUUUUAGUUUCAUCAAAAAUAUUCUUUUCCUUCUAACCUAAUUCCUUGUUUACAUACUGAAAUUUGUAGUUCUGUAAACUCUACUGAUAAUUAUAAAAACGUUGGCCUGAAGAUAUCAACAAAUAUUAACUGUGAAAUGAAGUCAAAUCCUGAUUCUGUAGAAAAAAGUAAAAAAGAGUCUUCUCGUGCUAUGAAAAGUUGUCCAGAAAUUGAAGUAAAGAAUCAAGAAAAUGUAUUGAAGGAUACUAAUAAAUCUAAAGAUCUAGAAGAGUGGCCUGAAAUUGAAAGUAUGAGGGAUUGUAUUUAUGAGGGACUAACAGAUGUGUAUGAGGACGAUAUUAUACCAGAAAAUUUAAGUUUAUCUGAAGAUGAACUUGAUUCAUUCUAUGUAGGAAGAAGUGAUGAUGAGACUGAGAAAAGCAUACUAAACUUUACUUUUGAUGACGAUGAUGAAACUGAUUUAUAUUCUUUAUAUUCUCCAUUACCACUACCUGUGCCUGAAGAAAACGAGCUUGUUGAAUUACCUCUUGCAUUCAUUCCAAGUUCUCCUGAAGACUGGAUAUGAAAUAUUAACAGAAUUUUUUCACUUCAUUUAUAGACAAUUAUUUUUUGGCUAAAUAUAUGUAUUUUAGUCAAAAUUUUGUAUAAAUUACCAUAAAAUUUAUCAAAUAAUUUGUACCAUUUAUUGUAUAUUUUAUACUAAUAAUAAAGAUUUUAAAAUAGAG